AUGACUGAUAAAGUAGUAAAAAGAGCACCUAAGAAAAAGGCAGCAAAUGCAUAUAAAUUGCCAGAUCCAAUAUCUGCCGGUGAAAUAUUAACAGAUAUGGCAAAACAACAGUGGAUCCUUGGAACAUCGAUCGGUGUCGGAGGAUUUGGUGAAAUUUAUUCUGUUGAUAGUUGGAAAAACAAAAAGAAAUUGACAUCACUUGGUAUGCCUCGAUACAUUGGUUCUGGUAGUCAUGAAUAUAAGAAAGUAAAAUACCGAUUUGUAGUAAUGGAUCGGUAUGGCACAGAUUUAUGGAAAUUAUUUGAAGCAAAUAAUAGAAGAUUUCCAGAACACACAGUAUACAAAGUAGCUUUACAAACAAUAAAUGUAUUAGAAUAUAUUCAUUAUAAAACAUACGUGCAUGCGGAUAUAAAAGGAUCAAAUUUAUUAUUAGAUCUAAAAUCUCAAAAUCAAGUUUAUCUAGUAGAUUUUGGAUUAGCUUCUCAUUAUACCACAAAAAAUGAAUAUAAAUUAGACCCAAAGAAAGCACAUAAUGGAACCAUUGAAUAUACUAGUAGAGAUGCUCAUAUGGGAGUGCCAACGAUGCGUGGUGAUUUCGAAAUUUUGGGCUAUAAUAUGAUUCAAUGGUUGUGUGGUUCACUUUUAUGGGAAAAAAACUUAUCAGAUCCAGUUGCUGUACAAAAGAAAAAAGAAGAAGCAUUUGAUAAUAUUCCAGAAUUUUUAAAUAAGUCUUUUCAUGGGCCAGUUCCUAAUACCAUACUUAAAUAUAUGACUUUACUAGCAAGUAUAAAGUUUAAUGAAACACCAGACUAUGAAAAAUUUAAAAAGAUAUUAAUAGAAGGAUUAAAACAAUUAUCGCAUAAACCAGAUGGAAAGUUGGAAUUUAAAAGUGAUGUUAAUUCUCACAAGGAAAUAAUUCCAAAAUCUAGCUCCCAAAAAGUAAAAAAGAUAACUGAAAGAAGUAGGAAAAGUCCUCGCAUAAAAUCUAUAAAAAAUUUAACUCCUAUAAGUAGCCUUGAUGAUAGUACUGUAGGAGUUGUAAUAGACAAAAAACGCGGUGGUGUAAACGAUAUUAAAUUAGCAUUAAAUGAAAUUGAAUCUGAUGAAGAAUAUGAUAUAAAAAUAGUCAAAAAGUCAAAAAAGGUUGCCAAUUCUGUAAAUAAAUAUGAUGAAAAAAGCCCAACUAGAAAGAGUCCAAUUAAAACUAAGAAAAGAAUUAACAAAAAUCGCAUCAGUGAAUCAGAUUCUGAACCAGAGAUUAUAUCAAAAGGUACUAAAUCACGGCCCAUCAAUAUUCGAAAUACAACGCCUAAAGGUAAAAAAAUUAUAUCGGAAAAUGUAAUAAUCCAUGAAAGUGCUUCUGAUGAAGAUAUAUUUAGUACAUAAUUAACAUAAGUGUGAAAUAAAUGUAUGCGUUUCAAAUGCGUUUUUAUGCAUUAGAGAUCUGGUUUAGAUAAAUAUGUACAUUACUGUAUUUAUAGCAAAAUUUGUGAAACUAUUGAUAUGUUAAUUAUGCAAAAGGAGUACUAUUAUAUAUGCAAAGGAGUGCAUUUUAUAAUUUGUAUAAGGUAUUGUAUCAAUUUGUAUUACUCAGAGAAAUCAAUAUAUAAUAUUUUGAUAUAACUGCAUGAUAAAGAAUUGUAUAAAAUGUGUAAAAUGUGCUGAUAGUAUUAAUCUGGUAUACUUAUGUAAGAAUAAAGAACACUUCAUAAGUCGUUUAAAAUGAUAUGAUAUUCAGAUUUUUACAACAAACGAAGUAUUAUUUAAAAAAUUUUAUUGAUACAUAAUUUCUGUACAAGUAAAUUAUUCUAUAUACAUACAAAUACGUGUUUGUCAUUAACAAUGUUUAAGAUUGUUACUUUUUUUAAUUCAUUACUUAUUUUUUAAGCUUCUGUACUGCGGUGCACUUAUUUUGACUUUUCCAGGAAUAUUUCUAGCUAUUGUUUCCUCUUUCACAGCUUUUAAUAAGUCUUUCUCUCUUGAAGUGAUUUCUUUAUCUUUCAUAAAUACAGCCAUAGCAGUUUUAGCUGCUUUUCCUCUCCUACCUGUACCUGGCGUUAGUUUUACUUUAAAUCUAAAAAAAAUUAGAUAUAAUAGAUAAAAAUUUUAAUAUCAUAUUGUAUAAAAACAAAUGAUUUAACUUACUUAUAAUUCAAUACAGUACUAUAGGGCGCUAUCACCGGGACAGCAAAUAGUAAUUCAUCUUCUGCAACAGGUUUUCCUGUUAACUGAUCUAACAUAUCUACUUCAGGCCCUGGACCUGUAUCUUCCUCAAUAUUUUCUACAAUUUGAGUAUUUUUUGGUAGUGAAGUUGGUUUUGUCGUAUUUUUCUUUUUUAUUUGUUGCUUUGGUCCAGAUGGAUCUUUAUUUUUAUUUUUCUUUUUAUCUUCUCUUGCAGCACCUGCUGACUAAGAAUUAUAUUAUUAUGAUAAACUAUUUUUUUAUUUAAUAAUAUAAAUGUCAUUCAUCUUUAAAAGACAAUACUUACUUGAAGAACUUGCAUAGAUAAUCUUCUAUCUUCUUCGUCUUGAUCUUUAUAUUUUUCUUUCAUUUUUUUUAAUCUUCCUUUUUGUCCUCGUUUUAGUAUAACCUGAUCAUUUUUUUUAGGUUCUAUCUCAGUUUUUUCUUUAUUUUCUUUUUUAGGAAGAAGUUUCUGUUUUACUUCAGUAUUUUUUUGUUUAUUUGCAGCAUUUAUUAUUAUGGGUUUAUCAUCACCUAAAUAAAUUACAUCUAAAUCGUCUUUUGGUGUUACUCUUGAUCGAUUAUUGUCAAUAUGUAAUUUCACUCUAUAAUUAUUUCAAUAUAUUAUUUAUAUAAAUAAUGUAGUUAAAUUGCAACGUAUAAAUCAUAAACUUACUUUGAACCAGAAACAUCAAUUCUAAUUUGUGUGUCAGGAAACUGAGAUAAAUUAUUUUCUUCAUCACUAACGUCUUGAUUAACUUUAUCUUUUUCCAUAAUUAAAUCUGCUUUAGAUUCUUCUUGAAUAGGAUUUAAGUUAUUCUUAUUUUCAAGCUGUUCAUCUAUUUAAUUUAAAAGUACAAAAUAUGAAUUAAUAAUGGUGAAAUUUAUUUCAUUAUGCAUUUAUAUAUAAAGUAUUACUGUAUACCUUACACAAUUGUAUUACAUAAUAUUUUACCUUCUUCAGAAUCUUCUAUUAAUUCGAUUUCUCUAUCUUCUUCAAUAAGAGAAUCUAUGUGCUCACUUUCAUCAUCAACGAUUUUGACCUUCCUUUCGUUUUUGUGUCUUUCGAUUGAACUUUCUUCUAAACGAAAUAAAAAUCCUAAUCCCAUGACUAAUUGACAAGGUGGUAGAUAAUUCUUUUUUCCCCGAAUCAUGAAGGAUCCAGUAGUGAGAUAUUCACCAGCUGGAGCCGUUUUAGAUACUUGAUCGUUAUUUACCCACCAUGCUCCUGCUACUAUUUUAGCAUCCCACGCAAUACUAAUAUCACAAUUAUAAUGUUUUUGUAGUAAAAGUGUUUUUGUAUUA